AUGGCUAAUUCUGCUGGAAUGCAACCCAGUGGUUCAGUGCCUCUCACAAGAACUCGGCUGCUCCAAGGUCAUACAGCCUCUGCAACAAUGAAUGGGCAGCAGAUGUUAAGGACAAAUAAGUACAAAGUAGUUGUUGUUGACAACAUCAUUGCCACUAAAACAGAUGAGAACAUAUGGUUGAUUGACAAGCUGCCUGGUUUUCUCAACUCCAAUACUUGCACCGACUCGUUGCUGGCCAUUGAGAAAUUAUUUACUUGCAAAAGCUCCAGUGUCAUCAAGGAUAGCAGAAGCAAAGUUGGCACCAGCAAGUAG